AUGAACUGUGAAUUGCUCUCUCCAUUUUUGAUUUGUUUCUUCCACAUCUACAUCAUUCUUCCUCUGUUAAUGCCAUAUUUAUCUCUCUCUCUUUCUCCCAACUGUCCGUUUCCUACCUCCUCCCUUCUCUCUCUUCCGACCGUCCGUUUCAUAUUCCCAUAUUUUCUUCCUUCCACUGACGGUUUCUUAAUUCCUUCCUUCUGUCUUUCCCGACUACUUUGUUUUCCUACUCCCGCCCUUAAUUUCUUUUUCUGUCCUUUACGACUGCCGGUUUCUUACUUCUUCCAUUCCCUCCCUCCCGCUUUCUUUUCCUUCCGUGCUUCCUUCCUUCUGGAUUUUUUUCUUCCUUCCUUCCUUCCUUCUUUUCUUGUCCUCUUCCUUCCUUCGCGUCUUUCUUCCUUUCUUUUCCUUCCUUUUUCUUCCUUCCUUCCUUCCUCUUUCUUUCUUUAUUUUCCUUCCUUCCUUCCUUCUUCCUUUUUUCAUUUUUUUUUGCCCUUCCUUCCUUCCUUCCUUCCUUUAUUCGCUUCAUCCUUCCUUCCUUCCUUCUCGACAACUUCCUUCCUUUCGUUCUUCCUUCCUUCCUUUUUUCUUCCUUCCUUCCUUCCUUCCUUCCUUCCUUCCUUCCUUCGUUCAUUCUUCCUUCCUUCUUUUCUUUCUUCCUUCCUUCCUUCCUUCCUUCCUUCCUUCCUUCUUUCCUUCCUUCCUUCCUUCCUUCCUUCCUUCCUUCCUUCUUUCUUUCUUCUGUUUUUCCUUCCUUCCUUCAUUCUUUUCAUUUCCUUUCUUCCUUCCUUCCUUCCUUCCUUCCUUCCUUCCUUCCUUCCUUCCUUCUUUCUUCCUUCCUUUUUUUCCUUCCUUCCUUCUUUCAUUCCUUCCUUCCUUCCUUCCUCCCUUCUUCCUUCAUUCCUUUCUUCCUGCCUUCCUUCCUUCCUUCCUUCCCUUCCUUCCUUCCUUCCUUCCUUCCUUCCUUCCUUCCUUCCUUCUUUCUUCCUUCCUUCCUUCCUUCCUUCCUUCCUUCUUCCUUCCUUCCUUCUUUUCCUUCCUUCCUUCCUUCCUUCCUUCCUUCCUUCUUUCCUUCCUUCCUUCCUUCUUUUUCUUUUUCCUUCCUUUUUUUCUUUCUUCCUAUUUUUCAUUGUUUUUUUUUCCUUUUUUCUGUUUUUUUCCUUUUUUCCUUCUUUUAUUUUUUCUUCCUUCCUUCUUUUUUUUUUUUUUUUUCUCUCUCUCUCUUUUUUUCUCUCUUUUUUUUUUUCUCUCUUUUUUUUUGUGUUCUCUUUUUUUUUCUCUCUCUCUUUUUUUUUCUCUCUCUUUCUUUCUUUUUUCUCUCUCUUUUUUUUCUCUUUCUCUUCUUUUCUCUCUCUCUUUUCUUUUCUCUCUUUCUUUUUUUUCUCUCUCUCUUUUUUUUUUCUCUUCUUUUUUUCUCUUUCUUUUUUUUCUCUUUCUUUUUUUUUUCUCUUCUCUUUUUUCUCUCUCUCUCUUUUCUUUUUUCUCUCUUUUUUUUUUUUCUCUCUUUUUUUCUCUCUUUUUUUCUCUUUCUUUUUUUUUUCUUCUCUCUCUCUCUUUUUCUUUUUUUUCUUCUCUUUUUUUUCUUUUUUUUCUCUCUCUCUGUCUUUUUUCUCUCUCUGUCUUUUUUUUUUUCUCUCUUUUUUUUUUUCUCUCUCUGUGUUUUUUUUUCUUUCUCUUUUUUUUUUUUUUUCUCUUUUUUUUUUCUGUCUGUCUUUUUUUUUUUGUUUCUUUUUUUCUCUGUCUUUUUUUUUUCUUUCUUUUUUUUUUUCUCUUUUUUUUUUCUCUGUCUUUUUUUUCUUUUUUUUUUUUUUUUUUUUCUUUUUUUUUUUCUUUCUUUUUUUUUUUUUCUUUCUUUUCUUUCUUUUCUCUCUCUUUUUUUCUCUUUUCUCUCUCUUUUUUCUUUCUCUUUUUUCUUUUCUUUUUUUUCUUUCUUCUCUCUCUCUUCUUUUUUUUUUUUUCUUUCUCUCUUUUUUUUUUUUUUUUCUUUCUUUUUUUCUCUUUUUUUUUUUUUUUAAAUCUUUUUUUUUCUUUCUUUCUUUUCUCUCUUUUUUUUUUUUCUCUCUCUUCUUUUUUUUCUUUUUUUCUUUUUCUUUUUGUCUUUUUUUUUUUUUUUUUUCUUUCUCUCUCUCUCUGUCUUUUUUUUUCUUUCUCUCUCUCUCUCCCGACGGUUUCCUCCCUCCUUUGGCCAUUGUCUCUCCAGGGUGUCGGUUUCGCACUCCCUUUCUUCCUUCUCUCUCUCUCUCUCCUCCUUCUUUCCGUCAUUGUCUCUUCAGCCUUCGGUUUCCUGCUCUCUUCUUUCCUUCUUUCUCUUCUUUCCUUCUCACUCUUCUUUCCUUCUCUCUCUUCUUUCCUUCUCUCUCUCUCUCUCCCCUGACUGUCGGUUUCCGACUCCCACCGUCUCUUCCUUCCUUUUGUCUUUCCGAUUUCCAUUUUCUUACUUCUCACCACCAUUCCUUCUCUUUGCCUCUCCAGAUUGUUUGUGCUUUAUUUUUUUCUUUAGAAUUCUUUUUUCUUUAUUAUUCCUUCCUUCCUUCUACACCCUUCCUUCCUUCCUUCGAUCCGUCAUUGUCUCUCCUGAUUCUCGGUUUUUUAAUUCUUUCCUUUCUUCUGUCUUUUCCGAUUGUCGGUUUCAUGCUCCCUUUGUUCCUUCUGUCUGUCUCUCUUCCUAUUUCUGUUUCUCUCUCUCUCACUCACUCUGACAGACACUCCGCAUCUCCUGUUUAUUUCCUCAGAAAUUGCAACAGUUCUUCUUUUACAAUCUUCUUCUCUCUCUUUUUCAAAUUCUUCUCUCUCUUGCAUUCUUCAAUUCUUCUCGAAAUCUCUCUCAAAUCUCUCUUUUCUCUGAAAUUUCUUUUCAUAUUUUUCUCAAUCUUCUCUGAUUCUCAAAUCUUUCUCUCUUUUUCUCUCUCUAAAUCUCUCUUCUUCUAUCUUCUCACUUCUAAUUUUUUAAAUUUCUCUCUCUCUUCUUUAUCUCUCUUCAUUUCUCUCUUCUUCUUCUUUAUAAUUUAUUUAAAAACUCUCUUUCUGAUGAAAAAUAAGCUCAGAAUAAAAGAAAAUCUGCAGAUUCUGACAAAUUUUUCUCUUUCUCUUAAAAAAUUGUUUGAAAAUCUGAUUAACUCUCGUUUUAGGUCUCUUCUAAAUUCUCUCUCUCAAGAUUCUCUCUUUUCUCUCUUCUCUUUCUCUCUUAGAAAAUUUUUUCUCUCUCUCUUGGAAUCUCUUUCUAAAUUCUCUCUCUCUCUUGUUUCACUCUCUUCUCUUCUCUUCUUCUUCUUCUCUCUUCUCUCUUCUUUUCUCUUCUUCACUAUCUUCUCUUUUCUCUCUCUCUUCUUCUUCUCUCUCUUCUCUCAAAUCUUCUCUCAAAUUCUCUCUCUUCUCUAUCUUUUUCUCUUCCUCUCUCUCUUCUCUCAUUCUUUUCUUCUUCUCUCUCUCUUUAAUUUUCUUUUUUUGAUUUAA